AGUCUCAAAUCAUACGUUCAAUCGUUCAGACGCGUUUAAUAAAAUCAAAUUUUAUAUUUUUAUAAUUUAGAGUAUCUUUUCAAGUUCAAGAUCGCAUGUGCUUCUGUUUAUGUUUGUAAAAUAAUACUUUCGGUACUUAUGGUUGAUAAGAAAAAUGUCGUGGAAAAGAAGAAGAAAGUAAAUAAAACAAAAACGUACGGGACAUUAAAGUGGAAUGAAAUGCAUAUUAUAAAAAACACAAGUUUAGAUGAGACAAAAUAAUAAAAUAAAAUAAGAUAAAGAACUGUGAUAAUAAUUUUAAUCAUCGUGAGAGGAUUGCAUUGCGAAUCAUUUUUAUUCUCGCUGUUUUAUGAGCUAUAUAAAAAAUUAUUGUCAAUUAAUUUAUAACAAUUUAUGUAUAAAUUAAAUAUCACAAUUCGAAGUACAUCAUAAUAGCUCUAUAACAAUUAGGAUUUUAAGUAUCGGUCGUUGAGCAAUAAACAAUCAUAAGCGCCAGCGUAACAGAAUGUGAAUCAAGAUUUUUUCUUUUCAAAUAAUACUCAAUAUUUUGUAGAUGCUAAAAAUAGAAAUUUAAUUCAUUUCGUUCAUCACAAAGCAUCCGCUAAAUUUGAAUAAAAAUGUAUUAUACACAAAGACAUCCGGAAGAGGAGGCCAGCUUCAUAUCAAAAAUCACGUUUUUUUGGCUCAUUGACCUUUUCCAAUUUGGUCACAACAAUCAGCUCACCGUAAAUGACAUAUAUCGUGUUCGGCGCUGCGAUGCAUGUGGAAAUGUAUCAAAAAAGUUUUAUAUUUUAUGGAAUAAUGAGUUACGCAAUGGUCAAAAUAGUUUGUGGAGAGUCAUUAGAAAAAUUUAUGGUUCAAAAGUGAUUAUCGGAGGGAUUUUAUUCUCCAUCGUGGAUACAAUUUGUAGAAUAGCACAACCCCAAUUUUUGGGCUCAUUUAUUGCUUACUUUAUACCAAAUCAAACAAAUUUAAAUAAGGACUAUGCAUUGUGUUUUGCAGCUGGUAUAAUUUUAUGUUCCUUCCUACCAGUUUUAGUCUUUCAUCCAUUCUUUUUGUAUGUACUGAACAUUGGACAACGCAUUCGAAUAGCAUGUUGCUCUUUAUUAUAUCAAAAGGUGUUGAAGUGCCAAAAGUCUCACGUAGAUGAACGACUUGACGUUAAAGUGAUAAAUUUAAUGUCGCGAGAGAUAAAUAAGCUUGACUACGCGAUUGCAACAUGUCACGAACUUUAUAGAGCACCUCUUGAGGCUGUUUUAAUAGGAUUUUAUAUUUACAAGGAAGUUGGUGUUGCUGGAAUUUUUGGAAUGAUUGUGAUGCUUGCAUUUGUGCCAUUAUUAUUUUACACUGUAAGAAAAACUUCCAUUUUUCGCUCACGGGCAGCACAUCACACAGAGAAGCGUGUUCAUCUUAUGAGCGAGAUUAUUAAACAAAUUGAAAAUAUUAAAACAUUUUGUAUGGAACAGCUUUAUGCCAUGAUGAUCAAAGACAAAAGAAAUAAAGAGAUUGACAUGGUGCGUGGUUCUUUAUACCUUCGAGCAACUUCAAUUUCCUUAAACUUUGUACUAAAAUUAUCGAUUUUUGUAUGUAUCGUGAUUGUACUUAAUAUGAAUGGAUACUUAACUACUAGCAAAGUUUAUGUAAUAAUCUUAUAUUAUAACAUGUUGUUCACAUCAAUGCUACAAUUUUGGCCACUUUUAACAACGCAUGCACGAGAAGCGUACAAAGCUGUUAUCAAAAUUGAAAAUCUUCUUGUAGAUUCAAGUGUUAAUAAGAAAGUUAUUCAGGAAAAUGAAAUUAAAGAAAAAGUUUGUGUAAAUUCAAACAUAACAGAAACUCCACUUAUGAAAGACAAUAUCAAUAAAAAAAUGAAGCGAGUUGUUAACGAGAAUAGUGAGAUUAAGAGCAUAACAAUUAACAAUAUUACUUUCUCAAAGGAUAUUUUGAAAUGUGAUUGUAUUGAGAUUAAUGAGGCAAAAUGUUAUGCUAUUAUCGAAAAUUCAGCCUCAUCAUCAUCUUCAUCGCCAUCAUCUUUUCUCAAACUUUUGUUGGGCGAAAUGGAACAAGAUUAUGGUGAAAUUGAGAUUAAUGGAAGUAUGAGUUGCGUUUCUAAAGAUAUGUGGAUUUUUCCUGGAAGUAUUCGUGAAAAUAUAACUUUUACAGAAAAGUUUGAUGCUGACCGUUACUCAGCAGUACUUAAAGUAACUGAAAUUGAAAAAGAAAUUGAAUUGCUGCCUAUAGGAGAUGAAACAUUUAUAGAUGAAUUUAGUGCCAAUGAAUUGUUCAUACUUAAAAUAAAUAUUGCAAGGUGCAUUUAUAGAGAUGCUGAUAUUUACUUAUUUGAUAAAUGUUUUGAGAACAUAAUAAACGAAGUUUCAUUCAAGGAUAUCAUCAAGAAAUUUUUAAAGGAUAAAAUAAUCCUUAUUUCAACACAGUCAUGGCAUUUGCUAAAAGAAGUUGAUAACAUUAUAGGAAUAAAUGAAAAUAAAGUUCAUUUAAUUGGAUCGUUAAGGGAUUUUCGUAGUACAAAUUUAUUCGAACAACUGAUACCAAAAAGUGAUGUUCAAGAUGCGGAAGAAAGCUCAAUAAAAAUUUUUGAACGUAGCAACUCAACAGAAUCGAGUCAGUCGAUUAUAGAGAAGGAAAGUACGCACAAAAAUUCACUUGUCGCACAUCAAAUUCCUUUUUCUGACUACUCGGAAAAUCAUACGAGAGAAAAUGUGGAAUGGAAAAGCUAUAGAAAUUACAUGAAGUCCUUGAGCAGUAGUAAAUGUGGUUUUUCAUGGUUUUUGAUUCUUCUCUUACUUGCUCAACUACAUACUAGUGGAUUGGAGUUAUUCAUUGCAAAAUGGUUCAAUCACGAAGAAUCAAAGCCAUUUCGACAUGUGUUGAGUGUGAAUUUCACUGGAAUAUCAUCGAUAAAUAAUAGUUCACGAGAGAAUGAAACAUUUGCAACCAAUUACGAUAAUUGGGUCAAUUUUAUCUAUUUCUAUUCAAUUAUACUUUGCACAUUGCUUUAUUUCACCGUUCAUCGAUCAUUUCUAUUCUUCAAAUUAUGCCUUCGCGCUAGCAUUAACAUUCAUGAUAAGCUGUUUUGUGGUGUUACCAGGGCAACUUUGCGAUUCUUCAAGUGCAAUUCAAUUCAACAUAUUCUGAGCUUUUUUACGACAGAUAUUGAAACUAUGGAUACACAGUUGCCAAUCAAUCUCUACGAUUCAAUUUUGUUCUUUUGUGAGACAAUUGGCAUCUGUACGCUCAUCGCACUUGCCAAUUAUUGGUUAUUGUUGCCCACAUUAAUUAUGUUGUUUGCAGUAUUCACUUUACGAUAUUUUUAUAUUGAUACAGCACGUAGCCUCAGGCGAAUCGAAUCAUUAACAUACAAUUCCAUCUAUUCUCGCAUCACAUCUACAUUCCAAGGAUUAUCAACGAUUCGUUCAACACAUUCCGAAAGGGUUUUGAUGGAUGAAUUUCAUAAGAAUAUGGAUCAUAAUACAUCCGCAAUAUAUCUUGGUUUUGCCACCGCAAGAGCGUUUGCUUUAUGGCUGGAUAUAAUAUGCUCAAUUUAUAUCUCAUUGGUUAUAUUGAGUUUCGUGGUAUUCGAAAAUCGAGUAUUUGAGAGUGGAGAUGUUGGUAUGGCAAUAACACAAGCUUUACAUCUACUCUUUUUCUUACAAUGGGGAAUACGUCAAACAGUUGAAGUGGGAAAUCAAAUGACAUCGGUUGAGCGUAUAUUUGAAUAUCAAAAUAUAAACAUGGAAGCUUCAUUGCGUACGCCGAAUAAAUUCCGUCCAUCAAAAACCUGGCCACAAAUUGGAAAAAUUGUUUUCACAAAUUUUUAUCUACGUUAUUCACCGGAUGGAUUUGAUGUGCUUAAGGAUCUAAAUUUUAAAAUAAAUGGAGGCGAAAAGGUUGGCAUUGUUGGUCCGAAAAAUUCAGGAAAGUCAUCUAUCAUUCAAGCGUUACAGAGAUUUGCAAUUAAUGAAGGAUCCAUUAAAAUUGAUGACAUAAAUAUCGACACGCUAGGAUUACAUGAUUUACGCCGAUCAUUUGGUAUAAUUCCAUCCAAUCCUAUCCUUUUCACAGGAACGAUUCGAUGUAAUUUAGAUCCAUUCCAGCAACAUACAGAUGAGGAAAUCUGGAACGCAUUAGAGUGUGUUAAUAUGAAGCUUGAAAUAUCAAAAUUGGAGGCUGCUUUGAGUACCCCAGCAGAUGAAAAUGGUUUUAGUAUAAAGCAAAUCCAACUUCUUUAUUUAGCACGUGCUCAUCUUGCUAAGAAUAAAAUUUUAAUAUUGGACGAGACUACGGAAAAGUUACAAAUUAUAGAUGAAAACGAAAUUCAAGAUGUGAUUCAACGAAACUUUUAUGGCUGCACCAUUAUAGCUAUAGCACAUCGUCUUAACACAAUAAUGGAUUGUGAUAAUAUAAUCGUACUUGAAGAUGGACGAAUAGUUGAGAUUGGUCAUCCGUAUGAAUUGAUACAAAUUUCAAGAGGAUUCUUUCGGGCUCUUGUUGAUGAAACUGGAUACAUAAAUGCCAUGAAUUUAAUUAAGACUUCAGAAAAAUGUUAUUUUGCCAAAAAGCAUAGACCACUAAUUUAAUUAACUGAUCUAUGAAUGAGAAUUUUUCGUUAAUAGAUCAUCAAGGAUGAAUAAAUUGUCUGAAAUAAUUGUGA